CCCGGCUCCGCGCUCAGCCCGCCCGGCGCCCGCCGUCCUGCGCGCCGCGGCCGCUCGCUCGCCAAUGCGGGCCCGGAGCCCGGCCCGAGCCGCCCCCGGAGCCGCCCGCAGCCCCCCGGCCCGACCCCCCGACCCGGACCCAUGCGGCGGCUCCGGGAGCGGUUCCGGAGGUUCAUGAACCACCCAGCUCCAGCCAACAGCCGCUACAAACCCACUUGCUAUGAGCAUGCUGCUAACUGUUACACACAUGCAUUCCUCAUUGUCCCCGCGAUUGUGGGCAGUGCCCUCCUGCACCGGCUGUCUGACGAUCGCUGGGAGAAGAUCACGGCGUGGAUGUACGGGGUGGGGCUCUGCGCCCUCUUCAUCGUCUCCACGGUGUUUCACAUCGUGUCUUGGAAAAAGAGUCACUUAAGGACAAUGGAGCAUUGCUUCCACAUGUGUGACAGGAUGAUGAUCUACGUCUUCAUCGCAGCCUCAUAUGCACCAUGGUUAAACCUCCGUGAGCUGGGACCUCUGGCAUCUCACAUGAGAUGGUUUAUCUGGCUGAUGGCUGCUGGGGGAACCCUCUAUGUAUUUCUCUACCAUGAAAAGUAUAAGAUCGUUGAACUCUUUUUCUAUUUAGCGAUGGGAUUUUCUCCUGCUCUGGUAGUGACUUCCAUGACCAACACGGAGGGGCUGCAGGAGGUUGCCUGGGGAGGUUUGAUCUACUGCCUGGGCGUGGUGUUCUUCAAGAGUGAUGGAGUGAUCCCCUUUGCCCACGCCAUCUGGCACGUCUUCGUGGCCACAGCAGCUGCUGUCCAUUACUAUGCCAUCUGGAAGUACCUUUACAGAAGUCCUGCAGACAAAAUUCGUCACUUAUGAGAGAUAGAUAUCUAUAGGUAUAAAAACAAUCUGCGCUCGGCCUCUGUAACAGUAUUAUUUGACUUAAGGAAUUCGGGGAAAUUGGAAAAAAAUUGCACAGCAAAACUGCACUGACUUUGGUAGUUCUGUGAACACAAUUACUGUGAACUGAUGUUUGUGUCCUGCCAUUGCCCAUCACAUGGCAAGUGCUGUAAAUAACCAAGAUACUGUACUGCAGUACCAAGAGUCCAUUCCACGUUAGCAGAACUGGCUACCUGAUGUUUACAAACAAAUUUUGUAUCCUAGUUUAAUUUUACAGUUUUUAACUAUGUGAAUUUUUCUAAAUUAGUGAUUGAAAUGGGGAAGUCAGUGCAAUAGUGCAAACGUUAACGCUCUUGAUUUGAAAUUGGUUUCUAUCACCUUUCCACUAGUCAUUUCUUAAACAUGAAUCACAGACAACUAAUCUACUUUUACCACUCAUUAUCUUGGUAUAAUGUGAAACUUUUAUAGAAACUUUUUUGUGUUUUUUGUAAACUUUAAAAGUACAUUUAUUGAACUGAAGACACACAACUGUCAUCUAUGCAGCUACUCAUGUUGCAAACUCUUGCAAGAAAUGGUUACAUUCCACACCCUGUCCUGACAAGCAAACCUUGUACCUCUUCCAAAGGUUGUGUUAAAGGUGUAAGUGUAGUAACCACUUUUACAAACAAAAGAUCUAAAUGUGAUUCUGCUGAGUUCUAACAUGACAGCACUCUGCUGGUCUGUAGUACCACUGAAACGGACCUGAACUUGGUUUUAUUUGUGAUGAAGUGCUUUAAAGGGAAUAGUUGAGGUGAUUGUCUCCUCGAGGUUCCCAGUCCUGCCCAGCCUGGCACUGGUUGGGGUGAAGGCUGGGAGGUGUGAAGGGAGGGGGGCAGCUGAUGCUCCCUGUCCAAACCAGUAAUUUCUCCAGGGCUGUAACAUUAAGGCUUGGAUUUCCAGAGGGAUUUAAACCCACCAACAGAACCUGGUCCCACCAGCUUUUGUUGGGGUGGUUCUGCUGGGAAAUCCUGCUCAGAGCAGGUUCAGGGCAUCACCGACCACCCAGAGCUCGUGGUUCUCCACAAGCACAGCCUUCCAGGGAGCAGAGCUUGGGGAACUCGGUGUGGUGUCAUGCUGGGGCUUCACACAGUAAAACUGGUCCUUGUUGCUGUCUGUCUGUACAGGAAAUCCAGCUGUGGUAGCGAGUCAUGACUGUAGAACACGUGCUGUAAUGACCAGUGUAGAAGAGUCAUUGUAAUACUGUUUGCCCAAUAAUUGUAUCCUGUCCCACUAUGUAAUGAAUGUCUUAUAUUAAGAUUGACUUUAUCCUUUUUCUAAUUUACUCGGUUUUUCAUGUCAGUAUUUAAAAACAAAACCAAAAUGCGUUGCCUUUCUCAGAUUUUGUUCUGGAUAUUGCCUGUCUGCAAACAAUGAGUAGCAAGAUAGGGAUGUUUUAAAGGUCCCCUUCCACUUAGAUUUGCCAGAGGGCAGCAGGUUUUAGAAUAUUUACAUUUGUACAGGGAAUUUACAAGAGGGACAAACUUUAAAUUCAAAGUGUUGAAGAAUCGCUGUGUGGUGUUUAGCAGGUGAUCAGAGAAGUGGCACCACCACAGGAGAAUAAUGAACUGCCCCAAAAGAGAGCAAAGAGAAGAGCUGGGCAGGUAAUUCCUGCUGCAACAGUCUCGCACAUCUGGAUGCCUCAGUUUUUUAACAUUGUGUCUAUUUUAAUAUUUUCCACUUUUUGUGAGUUCAUAUAUUUUGUUGAAAUGCAGUCCUGUUAAAACCACUAAAAUAUACGUGUAAAGGUUUUCUGUAGUCGAAAGUGAAACUAUUUGCUUGAGUAUGUUUUAAUUUUAAGUUAAUUUUUCAUGGCAUUGCUUUCUGGAGUGUUUGAAAUGGUUUUUAAAAAAUUUCAAUUCGCCAAAAAUAUUUUGAAUUACUGUAUUCUAGUCAAUAUGAUACUGAAUGUACUAGACUAACAAUAAACAUUUGGUGCAAUUUGGAAA